AUGACUUUCACUUUUGAGUUUGAACACCAAAUUCCAGUCCUCCCAAUUCCUGAUCUGGGUUCAACUUUUGAGCAACUGGAAACAUGCAUAAAACCAUUGAACGUUGCAGACGGCUAUCAUAGACACCACCAGCACGCAGAGAAUGAAUACAAGCUGUAUAGCGCGAUUUCGCGAUUUUUGAAAUCGGAAGUGGCUCAAAAACUGCAGUCCAAACUGUUGGAACUCAACCUGCAGGGCUCUGAUCUACUGGAUAGCUCACAACUGGACAUAUAUAGCCACGCUUUGACCCGUGAAAUAGAAGGGGAUGUUUUGCCACGAAACCCAUUUUUGGUAUUGUCUCCAGAUGCGGUGGAAGGUAUUGAACAACACGAUCGCGCUGCAGUCUUGUGUCAUUCUGCCUUAAAGUUCAUAUCUGCUCUGAGACGCGGAGUUCUGCCGCCCGAAAAAGACCAUUCCGGAACACCGCUUUCCAUGCUUCCCUACACGGCUUUGUUUGGCACCACCAGAUGUCUUCCUUCUGUGAAAACAGAGAACCGUGGCAACUGCGAUGAAGCAGCAUCCUUGUGUGAUUCACAAGCCUCUAAAUUUAGCAACGACUAUGAAAUCACAGAAAAAACACAUCCAUCAUCCACUCACAUUGUGGUCAUUUCAAGGGGUCAGUAUUACACUUUGGAGGUCUUGAACAGUGAAAAUGCUCCACUUUACGACGACGAUGCUUUAUCCCAAGUUCUGCUCUCUAUUUUAGCCGAUUCCACUGAAUUGGAGCACUUGGCUCACAAUACAGCUCUGGGCAGUUUCACCGCGUGUUCACUGAAACAGUGGAAACAUGCGCGCGUUCUCUUGGAAAAACAGUGUCCUACCGAACUCGCAGUUAUGGAUUCUGCCUUGUUCGUUUUAGUUCUAGAUGAAUCUUCUACCGCUUCAGAUCCGUCCCGAGAGUGCAAACGACUAUUUUACGGAAGCAGUACCGUAAAUGAGCAAGGUGUUUGGCAGGGAUCUUGCUGCUCAAGGUGGUACGAUAAAUUGCAGCUGGUCGUCACGAAAGAUGCCAAGGCAAGCGUAAUAUGGGACUCUCUCACCUGCGAUGGUUCGGCCAUAAUGCGAUUUGCCUCUGACAUUUAUGCAGACUCUGUCCUACGUCUAGCUCGGGAGAUUGAUGACAGUUCUGUAUUCUCACUUUGGGAUUCUCCCUCAGCCACCAAUGCAUGCCCUUCGAAACGUGUCAAGAAGCUAGUUUGGGAACUUUCUGACACCAUGAAAGAGGUUGUUUCAAUGUCUGAAAGCAACCUUGCCGACUUGGUAUGCAGACAUGACAUCGUGCAGAAAAACAUACCAUACGGAAGAAAUAUCGCCCAUCGGCUGGGGGUAAACCCUGAUUCCAUGAUACAAGUCGCAAUACAGCUUGCGCAUUUCACUCUUUAUGGUAAGAUGUCUUCUACGUUUGAACCAGUCUCUACGAGGGCUUUUCGUAACUCAAGGUCCGCUUUCGUUCCUGUUCAAAAUCAGCAAAUAUUCGAGCUGUGUCAACUCUAUAAUUCCAAUCUUCUGGAUGAACACUCUAAAGUUGAAAUGUUUGUGUCCAUGUGCGACAUUCAUCGUAAGAGCGUCGGAGUAUCCAAGCGUGGUCUGGGCUUUGAAAAGCACUUCAACAUGUUGCGGUAUCUCUACCAGCACUACCGAAAGUUUCAAAUCAACCUGACUCCAGAAGACCUCGAAGUGGCAUCUGAUGUAUUCGACAGUGACCUGAUAAGCCCAUUGUCCAAUCCUGAAAUAAUCGCAGCCCACUGUGGUAAUUCAGCAGUGACUGGAUUCGGGAUAAAUCCUGCCGUCCCGCAGGGAUUUGGUAUAGGCUACAGUUUGGGCCCCGAUCGAUGCGAGCUGACAGUCACUUCUCAGUUUAGACAAGGAGGUCGGUUUCUCUCAGCCCUUAAAAAAAUCUUGGACCAGAUGCUCUUUUGUAAGUCCCAGUGCGAAAAAAACCCAAUUUUAUCACAGGUGGAAAAUGAGAGAAGCUGUCGGGUUGGACCAAUCGAGAUUUCGCCACAAUCAGAUCUGCUGAAACAAUGGAGUUUUUCAAGAGAAGACGUCUAUGAAAUAGGGAGUAAGUCUCAAUAUUGGAACGCGUUUGAGCCGGUCAGCCCCAUCAGUAGUAAGGUGUCUACGCAACCGGCUUCCGCGAAUAACUCAAUUAACAAGGAAAGAAGGAGAUCUAACCGCUCAGAUUCAGUAACGAUGGAAUUGACCUCCCGGUUUUUAACAAACGAGGAAAAGAUGAAGAUAGGCCGGCAGAUUUCACUUAAUGAACUGGCGCCCCUUUGGGGAGUUGGGUGUUGA